AUGACUGAUGUGAGUACUCGGGAAGACUCUGUUCAAGCACCUGAUGCGCAGCUACCGCGCGAAGAAACUCGCGAAACGGAAGAAGCAAUGGAGAAGUCGGUAGACGAGCUGGGUGCUGACGAAACUGGAUUGAGUACGGAAAAUGAAUUAAUGGAAACUGCGGGAGACAGUGAUUUUGAUGACACAUUUGACGAUUUUGGCGCGUUCGAGACCCAACUACCAGUCUGCACGUUCGAGAAUGACUGGGAAGCCGAUUUAGACGUUGGCUUGGAUACGAUAUUUGGCGCUCCUACAGCUUUGAAAGAAAUUGACGCCUCGUGUCUGAUUCACGACCGUAUUGCUUCUCUCUGGGGCAAGUUAAUUGAGAUGCCUGUGUUACAGCGCCCUGACUGGGCCCAUUCAAACAUCCGGCGACUCUUCCUCAUUAACAUGGGCCUUCCUGUCAAUUUGGACGAGCUUAUACCCGCUUCACACAAAACAUCCCGUCAACGACCGGGUGUUGUUCGACUCUCUACGGUACAGCCAACGCCGCUUGAGAACGAGCCCGUUCUCGACUUGGUCCAAGCACGUAGACUGUGCGCUGUAACGCCCGAAGCGCUCGCUAACCGUUCUCUCGAGGCUUUGAAACAACACAUGGCCAUUCUGGAAGAAACGCUCACAACUGCCGAGUCUUUAGCCCAGUUUUGGAUUGACAAAAAGGAUUCCGCCGUCAAUGAAAAACAAUUAUAUGAGGCUGUCGUGGAUGACCUUGUUCAUCACAGUAAACGCCAACGAAGCAUAGAUCGGUAA